AUGGAUGAUUUGUUUGAUGUAUUCGAUGAGGCUCCGGGAGCUGUGCCUCCUAAGAUAGAGGAGGUUGAAGAAACUGAAUAUGCCAAAGAGACAAACGGAAACGAAAAGAAAAGAACACAUUCCGAUGACGAAGUACAAGAUAAGAAAAAGUCAACACCCACAAAGAAGGCCAAGCAACAACAAGAAGUCAAGCCUGUGGUGUUUGACUCGGUGGAGAUUGAAGCAUCGAGAGAGGUUGAUGCCAGUGGUGGACUACAGCAGACCACCGAUGAUCCCCACUCCAAAUUGAAAUUGAGACAUCAAGUUAGACACCAAGUAGCAGUUCCGCCAUCGUACCCUUAUGUCCCCAUAAGCGAGCACAAGCGUGAAAAAGAAGCCAGAGCAUAUCCAUUCACGUUGGACCCUUUUCAGGAUACUGCCAUCUCAUGUAUUGACCGUGAUGAAAGUGUCUUGGUUUCUGCUCAUACGUCAGCUGGUAAAACCGUUGUCGCCGAGUAUGCUAUUGCCCAAUCUUUAAGGGAUAAGCAAAGAGUUAUUUACACUUCCCCCAUUAAAGCGUUGUCGAAUCAAAAGUACCGUGAAUUGCAAGCUGAGUUUCAGGAUGUAGGAUUAAUGACCGGUGAUGUCACGAUUAACCCCGAUGCUGGUUGUUUGGUUAUGACCACGGAGAUUUUACGAAGCAUGCUUUAUAGAGGCUCCGAGGUGAUGAGAGAAGUUGCCUGGGUCAUUUUUGAUGAGGUACAUUAUAUGAGAGACAAGGCAAGGGGUGUGGUUUGGGAAGAAACAAUCAUUUUGCUACCCGAUAAGGUCCACUAUGUAUUCUUAUCAGCCACUAUUCCUAAUGCAAUGGAGUUUGCUGAAUGGAUUGUCAAGAUCCAUAACCAGCCUUGUCAUGUUGUGUAUACCGACUUUAGACCAACACCAUUGCAACAUUACUUGUUUCCUGCAGGGGGUGAUGGCAUCCACUUGGUCGUUGACGAAAAGGGUACAUUUAGGGAAGAGAACUUCCAGAAAGCAAUGACUACGAUUGGCGACAAUACUGGCGAUGAUCCAGCCUCCGCAGACAAAGGAAGAGGAAGAAAGGGGCAGAGUUUCAAAGGUGGAAACAAGGAUAGCAAGACCGAUAUUUACAAGAUUGUUAAAAUGAUUUACAUGAAGAAAUACAACCCCGUCAUUGUUUUCUCAUUUUCAAAAAAGGAUUGUGAGAAAUUGGCCUUGCAAAUGUCCAAAUUGGAUUUCAAUACUGAUGAAGAGAGAAUAGCGUUGACUGAAAUCUACAACAAUGCUAUUGGUUUAUUACCCGAAAGCGACAAGGAGCUUCCACAAAUCAAAAAUAUUUUACCCUUGUUGAAACGAGGUAUUGGUAUCCACCACUCUGGUCUUUUGCCAAUUUUAAAAGAAAUCAUUGAAAUUCUCUUCCAAGAGGGGUUUUUAAAAGUACUUUUUGCUACAGAAACAUUCUCCAUUGGUCUUAAUAUGCCGGCAAAGACUGUUGUUUUCACCUCAGUUCGUAAGUGGGAUGGUGUAGGAUUUAGAUGGGUUUCCGGUGGUGAGUAUAUUCAAAUGUCUGGCCGUGCCGGUAGAAGAGGAUUGGACGAUAGAGGUAUAGUCAUUAUGAUGAUUGAUGAGAAAAUGGAGCCACAGGUAGCCAAGGGAAUGGUCAAGGGUCAAGCCGAUAGAUUAGAUUCGGCAUUCCAUUUGGGCUACAAUAUGAUUUUGAACUUGAUGAGGGUUGAGGGUAUAUCUCCUGAGUUUAUGUUGGAAAGUUCGUUUUAUCAAUUUCAGAACGCUGCUAGUGUGCCAGCUUUGGAACAGAAGAUGCAGUCGUUGCAAAACGAAAUUGAAGGGGUACAUAUUGACGACGAAGCGACUGUAAAGGAGUAUUACGACUUUCUGCAACAGCUCAACAAGUAUACAGCCGACGUGAGGAAAGUCAUUACACACCCAGGUCAUAUUUUGCCCUUCUUGCAAGACGGAAGAGUGGUGAAGAUCAAGGUUGGCGAUUACGACUAUGGCUGGGGAAUGGUUACAUCAUUUGUCAAGAGGAAAAACAGUCGUUUCCAGACUCAAGAAUUUACCGCACACGAGUCUUAUGUGGUAAAUGUGUUUGUAUACACAAUGUUUGUUGAUUCGCCAGUCAAUUUGAUUAAGCCAUUUAAUCCAUUGUUACCAGAAGGUAUUAGACCAGCAAGGCCAGGAGAAAAGUCGAGGGCUGAGUACAUUUCAAUUACGUUGGAUUCGAUAGAAAAGGUGAGCAGUGUCAGGUUGAGAGUACCAGAUGAUUACAAAAGUGCCCAAGCAAAAAGGACAUUGGUAAAGACUAUGAAAGAAUUACCAAAAAGAUUCAAGGAUGGAAUUCCGUUGAUGGAUCCUAUCGAGAGCAUGAAGAUUGGUGACGAAGAUUUCCGUACUUUGUUGCGUAAGAUUGAUGUUAUCGAGUCGAAGUUAUAUAGCAACCCAUUGCAUGAUACAGCCAGGUUGCAACAUUUGUAUGCUAAAUACUCACACAAGGCUGAUAUUGAAAAUAAGAUUAAGGAAUUGAAGGAAAAAAUAUUGGAAGCCGAAGCAGUGAUACAGUUGGAUGAUUUGAGACACAGAAAGAGGGUUUUACGUCGACUUGGAUUUAUAACCCAGAAUGAUGUAAUUGAGCUCAAGGGUAGAGUUGCGUGUGAAAUCAGCUCAGGUGAUGAAUUACUACUUACUGAGUUGAUCUUUAAUGGUAACUUUAACGAUCUUUCUAGUGAACAAUCAGCUGCAUUGUUAUCAUGUUUUGUAUUCCAAGAACGAGCAAAGGAGGUGCCUCGCUUGAAGCCAGAGUUGGCAGAGCCUUUGAAAUUGAUGCAAGAAAUGGCUGCUAAAGUCGCCAAAGUGUCCAAAGAGUGCAAGAUUGACAUAACUGAACAAGACUAUGUUGAAUCAUUUAGGCCAGAGUUGAUGGAGGUUGUCUUUGCUUGGUGCAAAGGAGCUUCUUUUACCCAAAUUUGUAAAAUGACUGAUGUUUAUGAAGGUUCAUUGAUUAGAAUGUUUAGAAGGUUGGAAGAGUUGAUAAGGCAAUUGGUGGUUGCGGCAAAGGCUAUUGGAAAUGUAGAACUACAGGAAAAGAUGGAAAAGUCAUUGGAGUUGGUUCACAGGGAUAUAGUUUCAGCAGGAUCUUUGUACUUAUAA